AUUCACAUAAGGUGCAUCUCCUGACAGAUUUCGCUCUGCUAAAGUCCGCCUAUCUUGAUUUCCGUGCACACCGCCCCACACCCCUUGUGCACCUCCUUACAACAAAGUUUUCACAAUUCGAAUCCCAUUUACCUUUAAAAGAUACUUUGUGCUAGCAGGUAUCUUUCUUUUCCUUUACUUGACUUCCACAAUCAUUUCGACUAUUGUUGGUUCGAUAUAUACAGCUAUUCUACAUAUGCCUAAUCGAACAGGUCCUUCUACAAUCAUCGUUGGUAGUGGUCUUGCUGGCCUCACUACUGCCGUGGAACUACUCGCUAAAAGUUCGGGUAAAGUUACCAUACUUGAAAAGACUGACAAAUUAGGUGGGAACUCAAUCAAGGCCAGUUCCGGUAUGAAUGGUGUUCCCACUAGAUUCCAUGUCAAAGACAGUUUAGACUCACCUGAUGCCUUUUACAGCGAUACUAUUAAAUCAGGUAAGGGUCUUUCUGAUGAAAAAUUGGUAAGAUUACUUGUCGACAAUAGUGGUGAUGCCAUUCACUGGCUUGCCGAUGAACACGCUGUCAUUCUUAACACCUUGCUGCAAUUGGGAGGACACAGUUUCCCUCGUACCCAUCGUGGUGGUGGUAAGUUACCUCCUGGGUUUGAAAUUAUUACUGCCUUAACUAAAAAAUUGGAAGAAAUCAUGGUUGCAAAACCUGACCGAUUAUCUAUCUUGACUAACUCAAGAGUUACCAAAUUAAUUGCUGACGCAAAGAAUCCAAACCAAGUUAAAGGAAUUCAAUACUUGUCACCAGACGGUGAGUUGAAGACUUUGCUUGGUGAUAAUGUUGUGUUGGCUACUGGUGGGUACUCGGCCGAUACGGAUGAAGAGGAAGGUUCCCUUCUCAAACGUUUCCGUCCCGAUUUACUUGAAUAUCCUCUGUCCAAUGGUGAACAAACUACCGGUGACGGUGCAAAGUUGGCUGAAAGAGAUGUUAAUGCUGAAUUGAUUCAUAUGGACAAAGUUCAAGUUCAUCCAACUGGGUUCAUCAAGCUCAGCAAUCCUAACAGCAAUUGGAAGUUCUUGUGUGGAGAGGUGAUUAGAGGUAUUGGUGGUAUCUUGUUAUCACCAAACACUGGAUUCCGGUUUGUGAAUGAAUUAACCACUAGAGAUGGGGUCACUGACGCUAUCAUUAAAAAUUGUAAGGUUAAAGGCGAUAAUGACAUGAACUUGAAACGUGAAACAGCAAUUGCAGCAAUUGCCAUUAACUUGGUUGAUUACCAUAAAGCCAAAACUCAUAUCGAUUUCUAUGGGUUCCAAAAGUUGUUACACAAGGGUAACAUUGAUGAUUUGAUUUUGUUUAUGCAGAGAUUGAAUCCAGAUUUAAAUAUCUCUCAUGAUGAGCUCGUGGAAUCUUUUGAAGAUUAUAAUACAUUUAUCAGAAACGGAAAAGAUCCACAAUAUGGAAGAACUAGCUUUGGUGCUGAAUUCAAUGUCGAACAUGGGUUAUUCUAUUUUGGGUUAGUCACGCCUGUGGUACAUUUCUCCAUGGGUGGAAUCAAGAUUGAUGAAAAUGGAAGAGUCUUAACCAAGGAUAAAACCACCAUGACCAACCUCUAUGCUGUUGGCGAAGCUAGUGGUGGUGUUCAUGGAGCCAACCGUUUGGGAGGUUCUUCUUUAUUGGAAUGUGUUGUUUUCGGAAAACAAGUCAGCAAGGAUAUCAUUGCAAACGCUUAAAAAAGAGAUAAUCACAAACUAUAUAGUUUUGUUCUACAAUCUUAAUAUAUGUUUUUCAACUGUUUU